CUUCUGCACCACGCUCCGGCUCCAGUAACACUCCUGGCCUGAGCCAGAGACAAACUGGACACAGAAAUACUCUAAAAUGUUGUGGAUUAUUGACCAGGCACCCCAGCAGAACCUUGUGGCCUCGGGGCAGCUUCCCUGCAGAGCUGGUGGGGAAGUUGGUUCUGUUGGGGUAGAUACUCCUGCGGGAACAUUCAGCACCAUCCCUUGGUGUCUUGGGCUGUCUGUGCAGGUCCCACGAGACAGCCCUGCCCUCCCGGAGCCCCCCCGGAUGGGGGUGGGAUGGGGGGGCACUCACAGCUGGUGGGAGCAAAAUCUGGUGCCGGACCCAGAUCUGGUGGCAAGACCCAGAUCCCUUUGGAUCAGAAACCGUGAGGGGAAGGGAGUGCUGGGUCUGAAUCCCUGCUCUCAGUCUGCACACCGGCCCCCAACCCAGGGGCUGGAGGGUUAAACUGGGAGGGUUCGGCACCGCAGGGGCGGGAUGCCAAGCCCAGAUUAACCAGUUGAAGACGUCACUUUCCAUUAUGGGAAAGGCUCCCAAAUAUCCCUGAAGCUUUUGGUUCUGGGGAUUAGCCAUCAGUAUACUCAGCUCCCAGCACAGAGCGGGGUCCGUCGGUGCCCGUGGCCAUGAGCGGGGCUGGGAGCUGCUCCGAGGGGCAUCGUCUGGGUGGCUGAGCACAACCAUGUGGGAGUGUGUCAGGAGAGCUGUGCUGCACUCCCUGUCCACGGUCCUCCUGCGCCUCUGGAAGUGGCUGCGUGCUUUCUGGUACAAAAAUGGCCUCCUGACCCUCUCGAUGCUGUCGGUUGCCACCGGGUGCCUCCUGGGGUUCCUGCUGCGGACGCUGGAGCUGACGGACCUGGAGAAGCAGUAUUUUUCCUUUCCUGGAGAGCUUCUCAUGAGGAUGCUGAAGAUGCUGAUCCUGCCCUUGAUCACCUCCAGCCUCAUGUCCGGUUUGGCCACCAUGGACUCCAAGGCCUGUGGGAAGAUGGGGGUGAUCACCAUCACCUACUACCUUUGGACAACCUUCCUGGCAGUGACUGUGGGGAUCAUCCUCGUGGUCAGCAUCCACCCUGGGGCAGCUGCCCAGAAGGACAAUGACACUGUGGGGAAGGUGGUGCUGAGCUCCGCUGACGCGCUGCUGGAUUUGAUCAGAAACAUGUUUCCUUCUAACCUGGUUGAAGCUUCAUUCCAGCAGUAUCGAACUGUUCUUGUCCCGGUGGUGAAGUCUCCCGGCUCCCCAGAGGUCCCAGGGAAACCUGUCAACUUUAUUUACUUCGCACCCGACGACCAAAACCCCGAAAUCCACCGGCCCGUGUUCCUGGAGCUGACGCCGUCCCCCGAGAUGACCUACAGGACCCUGGCUGGGACCAGCAACGAGAUGAACGUCCUGGGGAUCGUCAUCUUCUCAGCAACAAUAGGACUUCUCCUGGGAAAAAUGGGCGAGCGAGGAGCCCCCCUGGUUAACGUGUGCCAGUGCCUGAACGAAGCAGUUAUGAAAAUUGUCUCGAUGGCCGUUUGGUACUUCCCCUUUGGCAUUGUGUUUCUCAUUGCUGGAAAGAUCCUGGAGAUGGAAGAUCCAUCAGUUAUAGGACAGAAGCUGGGACUGUAUGUCAUUACAGUGGUGUCAGGGCUUGCUGUGCACGGACUCGUCAUUUUACCUCUGCUUUUUGUGCUCAUAACUAAGAAAAACCCCUUUGCUUUCAUUCAGGGGAUCCUGCAAGCCUUGCUGAUCGCCUUAGCUACAUCCUCCAGCUCAGCCACCCUGCCCAUCACCCUCAAGUGUCUCCUGGAGAACAACGGCAUCGACAGGCGCGUGGCGCGGUUCGUGCUCCCCGUCGGUGCCACCAUCAACAUGGACGGCACCGCCCUCUACGAGGCCGUGGCUGCCAUCUUCAUCGCCCAGGUCAACGAGUAUGAACUGGAUCUGGGACAAAUUAUAACCAUAAGCAUCACGGCCUCGGCCGCCAGCAUCGGCGCCGCCGGGAUCCCGCAGUCCGGGCUCGUCACCAUGGUCAUCGUGCUCACCUCGGUGGGGCUCCCGACUGAGGACAUCACCCUCAUCAUCGCCGUCGACUGGGCUCUGGACCGGCUGCGGACGAUGACCAACGUCCUGGGGGACGCCCUGGCCGCCGGGAUCAUCGCCCACGUCUGCGAGAAAGACUUUGCCCCAAAGCCCCCCCCGGUACGUCCAGCGCGGCUGGGAGGGCAGGGGAAUUCAGCACAGACACAGGGCACGGGCUCCCUCCAGAAAUUAAAACUGUGCUUUCUCUUUUUGCAGCAAAAGCCAGUGAACAACAUAGACAAGCUUCCCUCCACAGAGACCUCACACCCGCAUCCCAAAGGCAACGUGAUUGAAAUGAUUGAAGAAACCCUGGUGGAUCCGACAGGAGUUCACUACAGCAUCUGCCAGGUGUAGCUGACAGCAUUCCUGCUCCCAGGAAUGGCAUCUUGGUGCUAAACACUGACAUUGGGAGUGUCGUUUAUGGAUGCUCUGCAAGAUAAAGGCCUUACUUGGCACAAAAAGUGGGAAAAUCCUCUCUAUCCUUCGAAGACUCUGGGACUCUCUGGCAGGCACCCAAGGGGCAGGGAGCCAGAUCCUCCCUGUGCCUGAGGACACAGCUGGCAGCUCACCAGCCUGUCUGAAACGGAUGGGUUUGAAGGUUUAAUAACUCCCAUUUUCCCAGUUCAGCUGGUUUUGAAGGUUAGGGAGGUGACCAGGUGUUAGCAGACUGGAUUUGGUAAGAAUGCAGCAGGGAUGGGACACAACUCUGACCCCUCUAGGCCAGCAGCUCCUUCCCUGCAGGUCAGGCUGUGCUCCAGAAGCUUUUGUUUUCCUUAUUAUAGAGAUUAUUUUUUUAAAUCAUUGCUUUUUAUUUUAUUACUGUGUUCUCCUCUAAAAACUAAGAUUAAGUGAAUUUUUGUCUAGAGCUGAAAAUCCAGGUUGGAUGUAACUGGAUUUCCCAGCUGUCAGGUUACACACAGCAUGGGUGAGCUGCUCCACUCUCAGCAGGAACAGUGGGAUGCACUGGCUGCAGGGAUGGAAGGACCAGCUGUAAGCUGUUCCUGUGGCUGUUUUAUUCCAGUGAACUAAUUGACUGGGCCCAAUUGCAGUCGUGUUGAUUUUCCCAGCUAAGGAUCUGUCCCUAAGCUCAAAUUCCAAUUACAGCCUUAAAAUCUAGGCUUCCCAGGGCAGCCUUCUCCACAAAAGCCUUUUAUACCAAUGAUUCAUGUAACUGAAUUAAUUUCUCUCUCAGAAUGCCAUCUCAUCCCUUUUCUCCCUCUUGGUCUUUCCUGCCACAGUGUUAGGACUUGUAACACAGCUCAGACCCCCCCUCACAUCAUUGAACUGUUCUCCAAUUGUACAUAAAGAAAACACUUUCUGUGCAGAAUUCUUUCAUGCUGGAGUCAGAGGUUGUAAAAUAUUUUCUAAUUUAGAAUAUUCAUUCCAGUUUUGCCAAACGAAAAGCAGAAGUCAUUAAAUAUCAUAAACCAGCUUUUGCACAAGAACUAGUCAUCUUCAAUUAACUUCCAAAAGCCUUCCAAGAACCAGAAUCCUGGGCAAGGUAAGCUUGAGGCACUGCUGUUAACUUUGGCCUUUCUCACCCUUUCCUCCUUGGUGAGGUUAUUUAUACCUUUUUAAACAAUACAGCCCAACUCCUCCUCAACAGGAGCAGCCACAUCAUUUGCAAACCAAAAUAAUCACAUUUCAAAUCAAGCUCUGCAGCUUCCCCAGUCAUCCCUCCCUCCCUUCCUCCUUUCCCAUUUGUGAUCACCUGGAUGCAUCACACACUGGUUCAGCUCCAGAGGCUCUGAAGGGUUUUGUGGUUGUUCUUUUACACCUGGAGUGAGCUCAGGCACCCCCAAAACCCCCGGGGAGGCUCCAGGCAGCUCCAGGACAGAGCACAUCUGUCUGCACCAGCUGCCCACAUCCCCCCCAGACACAGCUGGACAAACAUUCCCAAAGCACCUGCUCCAAGGUAGUAAUUUAAAACAGGCAAAGAUUAAAAAGAUGAUUUAUAAGACCUUCCUGUUGCAGUCACUGGUGCCUGGGAGUGCUCACAACCCUUGCUGGCUGCUCCAGGUGAGCCCAAGCCGACCAGCACAGGUACCUGCACAGGCAGCCAAGAUGAGCCCCACUCUCACCUCCAUUCCCCCCCCAUUAACGAGCU